AAGUGCUCAAGGGCUCAGAGUGAGUGAUACAUGACCUUAGUAGACGUGGGUUUUUCAUUUUCAAUCGCUAAUUAUCCUACCUACAGAUAACUGAAGGUAGAAGGCCAUCAACUUUUAUUAACUGGCUAGGAGCUCCUAGUUAAGUAUACUUUUCUGUGAUUGAAUUAACCCUAGGAAAUACAAUAUCAAUAUGAUUGGUCAAGGUUCGGAACUGGUUACGCUGAACUUUUUUUCACCUUACGUAAUACUGGGACUUUUUUCGUCCCAUUACUCAUUUCAGACUAUAUGGUCAUCCCUCUUAAUAUAUUCUGGGCCAGUGGUUUACUUUUUUAAAAUCCCGUUCUAACCUAAGAGACUCGGCUGAUUGUGUGGAUUGUUUGUCUGUACAUCAGUUAUCGGGCAUUGUCUUCGGACCUUGAUGCACUUUGAAUUUAGAAACUGGUUAGUGUCGUUACCUCCUAUUGUCACUCAAGCUAAGUACAGAAACUCGCACCUAGUCGUUGAGUUAUAUGAUGAAAUCUUCAAUUUAGUUUUCUUAGUCAUUGUCGAACUCACAACAGUGAAGCUAUCCUGUCGAAACUAUCAAAAGCCUAAUCUAAUAUCUGGGACAUUCAGUGAUAUCGCUAGAUCCUUAAUAACUACUAUCUGAAAUUUCAGCAAAACGUUACUAGGUGCAUUAAUCAGUCCCUUAUUUCGUCGUUGGAAUGGAGAAAGAAAGAAUAAAAAGUGUAAUCGAAUUCUUCUCUACUCCAUUGGAUGAAGAAAAGCUAAUCGAUGGAGAAAGUAAACCCGAUGAACUGUACACCCUCUGUGAUGAUCCCAUGCAAGUACCCAUCAAACUCAUCGAUGAACAACUAAGGUUCGUUAAUCUUGCAACAGUUCAAGACCUUUUUGUUGACAAUUCAGGAUUUCUUGUUGUUGGCGCCAUUGGUUUACAGGGUUCAGGUAAAUCGUCUGUGUUAAAUAUUUUGGCGAAUUGCAUUUCUGACGGUUGUGGAGUUUUUGAUGGUCCUUUUAAUAUUCAAACUCUCAAGGAUGUAGUAACUAACAGCCCGUGUACUGCUGGUAUUAACUUAUAUAUUACACAAGAUCGUGUAAUUCUUCUGGAUGCCCAACCUAUUCUUUCAUUUGCACUCACCAACUAUCAUACUCACUUGGUUGCUACUGGUAAUAUAACAUCUUCGUCCCCGAGUACUCAUCCAGGGCUUUCGUUUCUUACAGGUCCUGGUAAUUGGAACAUGGAUAUUUGGGCUGGAAUGGCUUCUAUGCAGAUUGUCGCCUUUUUAAUAAAUGUAUGCCAUGUUGUACUUGUUGUCAGUGAUAAUUUAACUACUGCUUCAACUCAGUUACACCGGCUUAUCGAUAGAGCCAUAGGUCUUAAACCAACUGUUUUUACACCGAAUGCCACGCCAAUCCAUGCACUACGUGGUCGUCAACAUUCUGAUAUACAUAACAAGUCAUCAGAUAAUAAUAAGAAUUGUACAGAUAUAAAAAAAUUGACAACUAGUGUACAAGGUUUACAAAUUUCUAAUGUAAAUAAAACUAAUCCAUCUGUUAUCAACAAAGAUAAUAAAAGUUUAGAAGUUGAAGAUGUUGACAUUUUAUCUUUGUCUGAACAUCAACAAUUUAUUGGGAAUUAUUCUACAUCAAAUAACAUUCUUGGACAAUAUCUUCAUUCUACUGAAGCUGAGUCUAAAGACGUUACAAAUGCAAUCAAUCGACUAGUAAGACUUUCCGAACCGUCCUCAGUUUCAUCAGACAAAGGACUUGCAUCAUCACAAAAGCCUUCGAAUAUCAGCGCAGAAACGUUGACUUCAGUAGAAGUUGAUAAUGAGUCAAAACCUAAUCCAACCCACUGUUUAACUUCAUUAAAUACAAUUCAAGAAAAAUCAAAACCUUUUUCUGGUGAAAAACCUGAUGGGUUCAUUCCCUUGGAUAACAGUAACAAUAAUAGUAAUAAUUGUGUUAAAACAUUUGGCUUAUCGGAAUCAGAGAUAGUAUCGCAGUGUUGCAAUGUUUUGCAUAAUGUAGAAGAUGAACUCAAUUAUGUUUUAAAACACACUAACUUAUCCGCUGGUGUAGACCAUCACAAGAAGAUUGUAGAGGAACGAUCAGGAAUAUUACCGGUCGAAGGUCAGCUCCCUGAUAAUGAUUUACUACAUAUACCUGGUAAUAAUGGUGAGAAGUUGAAUGCCAGUCUUGUUCAAAUGUAUCAUGAUGUACAGACCACUAGAUGUAACUUUUUCAAUGUUCAAAAGCGAUUAGAUCAACCAAGAUUAUUCUUGAUACCAGAAGUUGACGAUAAAGGACACUCACCAUUAGGGUGUCCAACAUACUUAACAGCAGCCCGUAUCUUACAAGAAGCUGUUUUCUCUACACCUCGACAGCAUAUUAUGCCUAAUUUUACAGAGAAGAAAUGGAUAACAUAUGUUCAUAAAAUGUGGGAUGCUGUAAUACAUUCCCCUUUGUUCCUCGAUUAUCAUUCCGUUCGAAUGAAUCACAUUUAAGUGUUGCUACUUUUGAAAGACUGUUUAAUACUAUAUUUUAUUACAGUAAUUUAUCUUUACAUGAAAUAUAAUUACACUUUUU